AUGGACCUCUGGCUCCAUGACCAGCGUGGGACGCCGUCGUUUUCGAUGGGCCUCUUCGCAGACCGUGUCAACAGCAUCCUUGAGGCGCCGCUGCCGAAGUGUCUUCGACGGAGCGGGGAGGAGCCGGGCGCGUCUCCGCGGUCGACCAUGAUCGUUACCCCCGCUGCCGCGCCGGGGAGCGGCCGUGGUUCGCAGCCGGGGAAACCGAUUCACGAGGCCUUGCUUGAAAAGGGACGACUGAUGUCAGAGAAGAAGGAGGCGAUGCGGCUACGGGCGUUAGAGGAGGAGCUGAGUCAGCUGCGCCCGGCACCGAACAUCACUUACGAGGCGGCGCGAACCACCCCGCGGCGAGAGCAGCGGAUAGAGGACCGCCUGCUGCAGCGGGCGAAGGAGGCAGCUGAGCGCCGGGCGCUCGAGGCGAAGCAGCGGGAGGAGGCAUUCUCGAGGGAAUUGGCUGCUGUUGCCCCAUUUCAGCCGAAUAUAUCACGCAAAGGUCGACACGCGACCCCAAGGGCUCGCAGGAUGGCAGAAGAACCUCAAAAAGAUUGGAGUCGCCAGCGCGAGCAGAGUAGAGAGGCGGCGCGCACGGCGAAGUUACUAGAGGAGCUAAAAGAAGUUCGCGGGACCCCGAUUAUCAAUCCCCGCUCGGAAUGGCUUGCAGCUCGCCGGCGAGAAAAAGAGGGAUUAUCGGGUUUAAGUGCGAUUGACGCACUCAUGGAGCGAGACCGCAUUGCACAGUUGAAACGGUGGGAAAAGCACGAGCGCGGAAAAAAGACGGAACACAUCCCUCAAAUUACACUCUACGCCGCCACACUUCAGCGAAACGGGGAUGCGGCUGAGCGGUUAUACGCGGAUAGUCACAAGAAAGAAGAACGCCGCUUGCGGAAGGAGGAAGAGUGGAUAUCAGAAGGUCCGACGCCCUUCACGCCACGAAUCAGUCCACAUGCAGCUACGACACCGCGUUUCCGUAAUGUGGAAGAUGAGCUUAUGCAAAAGCAUGCGCAAAGCCUCGCAUGGAAAGAGGAGGCGCGGGAGCGGGAGCGGGAGCAAGAGCUGCGGCGUCAUCAGCCCAUGAUCAAUCUUGUAAGUGAGGCAAUUGCCUCACGGCUUCCUGAGACUUCCUAUGAGCGCCUGUAUCGCCAACCGAGGCGCACACCCAAGUACAGGGAUCCAUCGGCGACAGACUUAUCGUUUACUGGUAGUUGUAUUAGUGGUGGCCGUGUGGCUUCUCUUCCCGACUCCAUGGCAGAGUCCUUGCAGUCCUACGAAGAGUCUCGGCGUGAAAAGCUGCGGAAGCUUCGGGAGGAGCAAGAACAACAUCAACGAGUGGAGUGUACCUUUGCGCCUCUCAUAAACACGCGGGAUUCCAAGGUUGGGGGCCCAGAAAACGUAGCCGCGAGAAACCGGCAAUGGCUUGCACGUAAAGAAUGGAAGUUGCGGGAGCUGCGCCGACGAAAGGAGGCAGAUAAGGUAAAGGAGUGCACUUUCAAGCCGGAGCGCGAAGCUUCAAAGACCAAUUCUUCGCGUGGCGGGGAGAGCAUUUACGGGGGAGAUGGAACACCCUGGGGCGUGCAGGAAUACUUGGAGCGGCAGGAAGAAGCCCGUCGCCUGAGGAGAGAGCGCGAGAUGCGGUUGCAGCAGCAUCCGCCAAGUGAUCCACGUUCGACGACGACGGCGACGACUCCGCAGGAGUUCGUUUUGGGCAAACGGGACGGCCUGUCUGUGCGCAGCCUGCGGCGUCCCCCGCAGGUGCGUCUCUUGUCACCCGAGAAGGACGAUGACUCGCACGUCUCCCAGUCGCCAGAAGGGCAACCCUGGGAUGCCUUGUCUGUGUACGAACGCAUCUACAAUCGCAUCUACAGCACCGUUGUGGAUGGCGGCGGCGACGUCGGCAGUGACGGGGCAGCGGGACCACACUUCGUUGCUACUUCCUUGUAUCGGUGA